AUGCAGAGCAGCGUGGCUCCCUUUACACCACUGGGACUGGGAACCCUGCGGUCCAGCCGAGUCCAAGCCGACACCAGCGUCAACCCGAGGCAGCGUUCGGAGUUACGGAUAGAGCGGUUGAACCACGAGCUUGCUGCCAAAACGCGAACCAUUCAGGAGCUGAGCCGCACCGUGGAGAGGCUGCAGAAGGAGAGGAGGAGCAUGCUGUCCAUCCCCAACCCACGAGCAGAAACCCAUUCUACAGAGACCAAACGGCAGCCAGGCCCAACAAAGACGCCCUGCUCUGCUACUGCAAGAGAGACAUGUGGAGAGGAGGAAACUUUCCCAGCUGCUCAGUAUGAGAAGACCUACCAGCCCACUGUCUUUGCAGGGAGUCACAUCUCUGAGGUUCUGCAGGAGAGCGAGGCUCUGAGGCAGCGUCUGGAGCUGCUGCAGCUGCAGAGUGAGCAGGAGAAGGAGGCGUUAAAGGCUGAGGCUGCGCAAGCCAAGGAGGAGCUCUGCAGAUAUGAGCUUCUGUGCAAACACAUAGAUGUUUUUCCUGCAGGGCAUCAGUGUGAGUGGACAUCAGGAUAUAAUGUGGUCUUUUAG